CUCAAGAGAAACCGUUUUCUUCUUGUGUGGAUUGCUGUGAAGAGUUUUGAAGCAUAGCAAAGUAAAUAGCAAAGAUGGGGAAGAAGACGUUUUCUGGGUUACAAAUGACCCUGAUAGUGAUGUUUGUCAUGAUGGGGAUUGUUGCCAUAGCACUGAUUGCUGUGCUUGCCACAAGAACAAACAAUACAAAGAAUUUUGUAGUACAGUGUCCAAAUAUUCCCCUGUUGGAAAGAGUGGACUGUUUUCCAGAUGCAGGUGCCUCUCAGCAAAGCUGUCAGGAGCGUGGGUGCUGCUGGGGCCCACAUGACCAAAAAAAUGUGCCUUGGUGCUUCUUCUCUAGCAAUCAUGGCUACACUGUGGUCAGUGAAAAACAGCCAAGUAGUACAAAACUGGAGGCCAGGCUGAAAAGACAGGACUCACCCUCUCUGUUUGGCUCUGACAUUCUUGAGCUAUCCUUCCUAGCAGAAAUGCAGACAGAAAACCGCCUUCGCUUCAAGAUCACUGAUGCAAAUAAAGCCCGGUUUGAAGUACCUCAUGAACACAUCCAGUCUCUUUCCAGCACUGUUAAUGGACCACUGAAAUAUGAGUUUGAGCUUCUCAAAAGUCCAUUUGGAGUUAGAGUCAGAAGAGCAUCCAACAAAAAAGUCCUCUUUGAUACAAGUAUUGGACCCCUGGUUUUUGCUAACCAGUACCUUCAGCUCUCUGCCAAACUCUCCUCUGAUAACAUCUAUGGACUCGGUGAACACGUUCACCAGCACUUUCGCCAUGACAUAAACUGGAGAACAUGGCCUAUAUUUACACGAGAUGCUUUUCCCAAUGGUGGUACUCACAACCUGUAUGGUCACUACCCCUUUUUCAUGUGCCUGGAGGAUGGAAGUGGCAAAUCCUUUGGAGUUUUCCUAAUGAACAGCAAUGCUAUGGAGGUGACUCUACAGCCAGCACCUGCUGUGACCUACAGGACAAUUGGAGGAGUUCUGGACUUUUAUAUCCUGCUUGGAGACACACCAGAGGCUAUUGUACAGGAGUUCACACAGCUGGUUGGAAGGCCAACAAUUCCUCCAUAUUGGGCUUUGGGUUUCCAGCUCUCUCGUUGGGAUUAUGGCAGUCUGGAAGAAGUGAAGAGAACAGUGGAGAGAAAUCGAGCAAUUGGACUUCCUUAUGAUGUGCAGUUCACAGAUAUAGACUACAUGGAGGACAAAAAGGACUUCACUUACGACAUGGUGAAGUUCAAAGACCUGCCACAGUUUGCUGACUACAUGCAUGCAGAAGGACAAAAAUAUAUUCUCAUAUUGGAUCCUGCCAUUGCCAUAAGCAAGAGAAUAAAUGGGACAUACGAGUCAUAUGACAGAGGAACACAUGCUGAGGCAUGGAUCACUGAGGCAGACGGAAAGACUCCACUACUGGGAGAGGUUUGGCCUGGAGAAACUGUGUUUCCUGACUACACCAAGCAAUCCUGCAUCAAGUGGUGGGUGGAUGAAAUCAGCCAGUUCCAUCAGCAAGUAAAACAUGAUGCAAUAUGGAUUGACAUGAACGAGGUGUCCAGCUUUGUGCAAGGCUCCAGUAAAGGAUGCAUCGAUAAUACAUUGAAUUAUCCACCAUUUACUCCAAACAUUCUUGAUAAUUUGAUGUACAGUAAGACUUUGUGUAUGGAUGCAAGGCAGGCUUGGGGGAAUCACUAUGAUGUUCACAGUCUUUACGGAUAUUCCAUGGUGCUGGCAACAGAAGAAGCUGCUAAGCAAGUCUUUGGCAGCAAUCGCUCAUUCAUUCUUACUCGCUCCUCUUUCCCUGGAGUGGGAAAGUAUUCAGGCCACUGGCUGGGUGAUAACGCUGCCAACUGGAAUGAUAUUAAAUGGGCAAUACCAGGCAUGCUGGAGUUUAACCUAUUCGGAGUGCCUUAUAUUGGGGCAGAUAUCUGUGGUUUCUUUGAUGACACAACUGAGGAGUUAUGCACACGCUGGAUGCAAGUUGGAGCCUUUUACCCUUUUAGCCGAAAUCACAAUGCUCAAUACUACAAACCUCAGGAUCCUGCGGUUUUCGGUGCUGACUCUGUACUUGUGAAAAGUUCCAAACACUACCUGAGCAUCCGCUACACACUGCUGCCAUACCUCUACACACUCUUCUACAGAGCCUACAUCAGUGGGGACACUGUGGUGAGACCUGUCAUGCAUGAAUUCUACUCAGACUCUGCAACAUGGACCGUGGAUCGUCAAUUUCUAUGGGGAGCACAUUUGCUUAUCACACCUGUACUGGAUCCUGGUAUGGACACAGUGUAUGCAUACAUUCCUGAUGCUGUGUGGUACAACUAUGAGACGGAAGAGAAAAUCAAGGAGCGUAAACAGCAUUUUGACAUGUACCUGCCUCUAGAUAAGAUGGGUCUUCACAUCAGGGGUGGAGCCAUUCUGCCAAUCCAGAGACCUGCAGUCACUACUGUAUAUAGUCGGCGCUCUCCUAUGGGUCUGAUCAUUGCACUCGAUGACAACAACCAGGCAUCAGGCGAACUAUUCUGGGAUGAUGGAGAUUCUCGAGAUACUGUUUCAUCUGGGGCCUACAUCCAUUACCAGUUCUCUGUUGUCCAAGGAGUGCUGAUCAUGCAGGUUCGCCAUAAUGGCUAUGUUGAUCCAAACAAUCUGGUGUUUGAGAAUAUUACUGUUUUAGGACUGAACAACCCCCCCAAGUCUGUGACCAUCAAUGACGUAGACACGGUCACUACUUUGCCAGAGUCCAACAUUCAGUAUGACUCAGUAAAGAGGGUGCUAUAUCUCAGAAAUCUCCAACUACAUCUGGGGAAGAGUUACACACUCACUUGGGAUACCACUGUUGAAAGUUUGCAGCGGUUUGACUGCUAUCCUGGGGAAACAGCCACUGAAGAGUCCUGCACAAAAAGAGGCUGCAUUUGGGAGCCCUUAAAUCUGAAUGGUGUGCCCUGGUGUUAUUUCCCCAUGGAUUAUGGCUAUAUCGCCGAGCCUGCAGAGGAAAUGGAAGGUGGAUGGAGCUUUACUAUCAAGCGAAAUAAUAAAUACCCUGUUCCACGUAUUUUAUCCAGAGACAUAGACACACUGCAAGUUGAAAUCACAUAUCUGACUGGACACUCUCUACGGUUUAAGAUUUUUGAUCCAGCUAAUAAACGUUAUGAAGUUCCUGUUCCUCUUGAUUUACCAUCCACCCCAGAGGUACAAGAGGAUAAGAGGAUGUACACAGUAAAUAUCACACAGCAACCUUUCGGUAUUCAAGUGGUCAGGAAAAGCACAGGAACUGUCAUAUGGAAUUCAUCUCUUCCUGGCUUUAUUUUCUCUGACAUGUUUAUACAAAUCUCAACUCUACUUCCUUCACAAUAUAUCUUUGGCUUUGGGGAGACGGAACAUGCAAGUUUUAGACAUGAUAUGAACUGGCACACAUGGGGCAUGUUCAGUAAGGACCAACCUCCAGGCGAAAAGAUGAACUGUUAUGGUGUGCAUCCCUUCUACAUGGGCCUGGAGUCAAGCGCUCAUGCUCAUGGAGUCUUGCUUCUCAACAGCAAUGCCAUGGAUGUUACAGUUCAGCCAACACCUGCUCUCACUUAUCGUACCAUCGGAGGGAUUCUUGACUUUUACAUGGUGAUGGGACCCACUCCAGAACUAGUGGUACAAGAAUACACUGUGAUGAUUGGCCGUCCAGUUCUCCCAGCUUAUUGGGCUCUGGGAUUUCAGCUUUGCCGCUAUGGUUAUGCUAAUGAUUCAGAAAUUGCAGAGCUUUAUGAAGAUAUGCUGAGCGCCAGUAUUCCUUAUGAUGUGCAGUAUGCAGAUAUAGACUACAUGGAGAGGCAGCUGGACUUUGUGAUUGAUAAGGACUUUAUAAACCUUCCAAAUCUGGUCAAAAAAAUGAGGGGAGAGGGCAUGCGCUUCAUCUUCAUCCUGGAUCCUGCAAUUUCAGGCAAUGAGACCAAUUACCCUGCCUAUCAGAAUGGUGUCAAAAGAGAAGUGUUUAUUAAAUGGCCAGCUGAGUUGUCUGACGACAUCGUCUGGGGAAAAGUGUGGCCUGAUUUUCCAAAUGUCACCAUCGAUGAAUCUCUGGAUUGGGAGACACAAGUAGAGAAAUACAGGUCUUAUGCAGCAUUCCCUGACUUUUUCCGGAAUAAUACAGCAGUUUGGUGGCAGAACGAAAUCAGCGACUUUUAUGCAAGCAUGAGUUUUGAUGGCCUGUGGAUUGACAUGAAUGAACCAGUUAGUUUUGUCGAUGGUACAGUUGGAGGAAAGUGUCUAGGCCCACCAAUCUAUGAUCAUCCACCCUACAUGCCACCACUGGAGUCUAAAGAACGUGGACUGAUCCACAAAACCCUCUGUAUGAACAGUCAGCAGUUUCUUCCAGAUGGCACUCCAGUUAAACACUACGAUGUACACAACCUGUAUGGCUGGUCUCACACCAAACCGACUUAUGAUGCUUUGUUAAAUGUAACAGGGAAAAGAGGAAUCGUGGUGACUCGCUCAACAUACCCGAGCAGCGGGAAAUGGGCAGGACACUGGCUGGGAGAUAACACAGCUGCCUGGAAUCAACUCUACAAGUCUAUAAUAGGGAUGAUGGAGUUCAGUUUGUUUGGAAUCUCUUAUACUGGAGCUGAUAUUUGUGGGUUCUUUAACAAAGCCGAGUAUGAAAUGUGCCUUCGCUGGAUGCACCUGGGAGCAUUUUACCCAUAUUCCAGAAAUCAUAACGGCAAGGGUAAUCCGAGACAAGACCCAGUGGCCUGGGGUGCUGAAUUUGCUAAAGCAUCUCGUGAUGUGUUAAACAUCCGCUAUAAACUCCUCCCUUACCUGUACACACUCAUGUUUGAGGCUCACACUAAAGGAAGUACGGUGGUCCGGCCUAUGCUGCAUGAGUUUGUGGAUGAUAAAGUGACAUGGGACAUUGAUAAACAGUUCCUUUGGGGUCCAGCACUGCUCAUCAGUCCUGCUUUGGAUGAGGGAGUAACUGAGGUUAAUGGCUAUAUCCCUAAUGCUCGCUGGUAUGAUUACCACACGGCAAAGUUGGUUAACGUGAGAGGCAAGUUUCUUACCAUGCCCACUCCACUCAAUCACAUCAACCUACAUGUGAGAGGAGGAUUCAUCCUACCAUGGCAGAAACCAGAGAACAACACAGAAUACAGUCGCAAGAAUCCUCUUGGUCUUAUUGCUGCUCUGGAUGAUGAUGGAACAGCAGCAGGUUCUCUGUUCUGGGAUGACGGAGAGGGAAUUGACACAUAUGUGAAUAAAACAUAUCUCCUGACAUACUUCAGCGUGCAUAAGAACACUCUCUCAAACUUAGUUGUAAAUGAUGGUGUAGCUCCAGCUGAUCAGCUCAAACUUGGUGAAGUAUAUGUUUGGGGUGCAGGAAGUCUUCCCAUCACUAAGGUGACCAUGAAGACCAGUGGAAUUGAAACAGUGCUGAAAGACUUUAGGCACAAUUCAGUCACAGAGGAGCUGUUCAUCAAUGUGGCGAGCAAAUCACAUUUCAUUGGUCAACAAUUCUCUAUCACUUGGAGUACAGAAAUAUGAAAAGAAAAACCCAAAAACAAAUCAAGAUCCACUCUUCACAUCCAAUUACUUGAAUAUCAUUUAAGCAACACUAACUAAAAGCAACCCUGAAUGAAUUCUUUCUUAUGUAACUUGAACAUGGUGAGCUUAUUUUCCAGAGAACAUCCAAACUGUAAGAAACUAAUUGUAAUAAAUUAAAGCUGGAAAAAAUAUACCACAUGGGGUCUGUUCAUAUAGUACGGAGUGCUUCCUUGGAAAACUGUGUCUGUGCACCAUGGGAAGAUGAUAAUAAUAACCCCUAAUUAUCAACAAUCACAUUUUUGGCCGACAACCUGCCAGGCUAACUUCAUGCACCAUUAGGUCUCAGCUAUAAUAAUAUGAUCAUCAAUUAUUCAUUCCAUGAUAAACAUAAUGAUAUCAAUUUAGCAAUGGGGACUGCAAAUUGAUUUCUGCUCUAAUUGGCAAUCAGCAUGUGGCAUGUGAGGUAUGUGUGUUGGUGUGGAGGAGGCUGAAGGUGCCUUAGGUGAUUGGUAAUGACGAUUAUACUGGAGACAUAUACUUCCCAAAUGAAGGUCCAACUGUGCAUAUAAUUAUUUGGUGUUUCAUUUGGAGUGAUGGUGCAUUUAAAGCUAUUCAAUUUAAUUUCCAUGGGAAGAAAAACACACAUGGCAGGAUGCUGAAAAACACACACACACACACAUAAACACACACACACACACCUGCUAUUUAGCAAGAAAGAUCAAUGAAGACAGAAGACUUUAUUUAUAAGUCAAGGACUGUGGUACACACAACAUGAAACGUAAAACAAAUAGGAGAUGGGCAUGAACAAAAAAACAAAAUAAAUAAACACAGUAUAAGACCCAUCAAAAUAUGCACUACGUGCAAAAGAAAAAAGGGUUCGCAGAACUUCACAGCACUCCAUUCCUGUUUACUUCAAUCACAUGUAAUGCCCUUGACCUUUCUGCAGCCUUAAAUCAUGAUGACCCCAUCCCCAUGCUUCAUUGUAUGUGCAGUGUUCUGAAAAUCAUACACUUCUAUAUCCAAACAUGGUAACAUCUUGCUGUUUCAAAAAGAGUUAUCAUUUUUGUAAAUGCAUUUAGAUACACAGAUCUCUGCUACUUUUUUAGCAGACAAGCUUUGCAUGGGGUGUAGGGCUUUGCAUGGGGUGUUAUUCAGGCUGCUAUCAGGUCUGUCAUCUCUUUUCCCAUUGCUUUGUCUGUGGUUUUUCCAUUUGAGUAUUGCUUAAUAAUGCUGUCCUUGAGAACUUUUGGAACAUCCAUCCCCUACACUAUAAUUGCUAUUGUUACAUGAAAGCUUCCCAAGCAUUUACAUUGCCUUUUAUAAUCCCAUUAGGUGCAAUGUGCUUUUUUGUUUGUAUUUGCCACAUUUAUGUAUAUCUAGAACUUUGUAUAUGACAUUUAUUUUGUGACUAAUGGAAAAAUACUUAGGUUGGUGUCCUUUUUCCUCUACGUAUGUCAUUAAGGCCACAUAGUUUUAAGACUAUCCAGAAA